ACGAUGGAGUCAUCACUACACUCAUGACAUUUUCACUGCACCACAUCUCGGCUCUGAGGCGACCUGGGACACAGACUUGUGCUGAGUUAUCCAUCGCUUAUCUGUUUCUGUGGAGAUACUGGGAGGUGGACAGUUGAGACCAGACCAUGUUUGUGACUGUGCUCCUGCUCCUGGUCACUCUGUGUGCUGCGGGAGGACAUGGGGAGGAGCCAAAGAGACCCGGCCAUGUCUCCGUGGUGAUGGUGGGAGCCACCGGUGACCUGGCAAAGAAGUACCUGUGGAACGGCUUCUUCCAGCUCUAUGUAAAGCAGGUCAGUAGUGGUAACACCUUCUCCUUCUACGGCGGAGGACAGUCACCUGCCGACAAAGCCAAUCCGCUCCUCUUCGAGAUCCUGAAGUCGGUGUCGUGCUCGAAGGGUGUAGCCGAGGAGCGCUGCGCUCUUCUGAAGGAGCAGUUCCUUCGACUCGCACAGUAUCGGCAGCUGAGAACCCUUGAGCAAUACCAGGAUCUGGCCAAGCACAUUGAGAAGCGGCUUCAGGAGGAGGGAAUCACGGAGGCCGGGAGGCUCUUCUACCUCUCAGUGCCGGCUUUUGCAUACGCAGACAUUGCAGAUAAAAUCAACAACAGCUGCAGACCGACCAGCGGAGCAUGGCUGAGGGUGGUGCUGGAGAAACCUUUCGGACACGACUCUACGAGUGCUCAGGUGCUAGCGUCUCAUCUCGGGACUUCCUUGAGAGAAGAGGAGAUGUACAGAAUCGACCAUUACCUGGGGAAGCAGGUGAUUGCAAAGAUACUUCCAUUCAGAAUACAGAACAAGAAGUUUCUGGAUCCCAUCUGGAACAAGCACCACAUUGAGAGAGUGGAGAUUGUGAUGAAAGAGACCCUGGAUGCUAGAGGUCGCAUUCCCUUCUACGACCAGUAUGGUGUGAUCAGAGACGUGAUACAGAACCACCUUACCGAAGUCAUGAUGCUGUUGACCAUGAGGCUUCCCCGAAAUCUGACCUCCAGUGAGGAAAUCGUUGAAAACAAGCUGCGGAUCCUCAGUUCACUGCUGCCCUUAGGAAAGAAUCAGGCUGUGAUUGGCCAAUACCAAGCGUACAAGUCAGAGGUUCAGAAGGAGCUGAAUAAAACAAACCAUCACAUCAGUGUCACACCAACAUUUGCGGCUGUGUUGGCCCACAUCGAUGAGACCCAGUAUGAGGGUGUUCCAGUUCUUUUAAUCUCAGGGAAGAUGUUGGAUGAGCGGGUGAGUUACGCUCGUAUACUUUUCAAGAACGACAUCUUCUGCGUUCAGAACCACAACAGCGUUCACUGCAAACCCAAACAGAUCGUUUUCCACCUGGGUCAUGGCAGCCUUCAAUAUCCGGCCAUUCUUGUGAGUAAGAAUUUAUUCAAGCCGGCUUUAAUGGCGGGUGAGUGGAAGGAAGUGACAGAGCACAGCGACGCCAGUGUUUUAGGUUUGCCCGUUUCAGACUACUACGUGCAAACACCAACAGAGCAGAGGGAAGCGUAUGAAGAGCUGAUCUCUCACAUCUUUGCUGGCCAGAAGAAUAGUUUCAUUAGUGUUGUAAACCUGCUGGCAUCCUGGGACUUGUGGACACCGCUGCUCACGAGCUUAUCCAGCUCUUUCCCCCGCAUCUACCCUGGCGGUGCAGACAAUGAGGACCUGUUGGACUUCUGUCUGACAGGGAAGGACAUUCGCUACAAAAGCGAGGUGGUGAUCAUCAGCCCUGAUCAGAUGGGUGGCAUGGCACCAAACGGUUUCCAAGUCAUUCAAGGCAAAUUCCGCAGUUCCGACAUGGUGUCCGCCUGGGCCGAGGAGCUGGUGGAGCGGCUGGCUGCAGAUGUGCAGGAAGCGGCAGAGGCAGCGGUGCGUGAGGGCGGCGUUUUCCAUCUCGCCCUGUCUGGCGGGUCCUCACCCAUCGCUCUGUUCCACAGGUUGGUCCUGCACCACUUCUCCUUCCCCUGGAGGGACACCCACGUUUGGAUGGUGGACGAGCGCUGCGUGCCGCAGACUGAGCUGGAGUCAAACUUCUACACGAUGUACAACCUCCUGCUGCAGCACGUUAGGAUCCCGUACUUCAACGUCCACCCCAUGCCAGUGCAGCUCAACCACCGUCUGUGUGUGGAAGAGGACAGAGGAGCACAGGUGUACGAGAAAGACAUCAACAAUCUGGUGAACGGCUCCAGCUUCCACUUUGUGCUGUUGGGAGCCGGCUACGACGGCCACACUGCUUCUCUGUUCCCUGGGACUAAAGUGGAGGAAUACGGGGAGAGUCUGGUGGUCCUCACUGAGAGCCCUGUCAAACCUCACCAGCGUAUGAGCCUCACGUUCAGCGCCAUCAACCGGGCACGCACAGUUGCUAUGUUAGUAAUGGGUAAAGGCAAACAUGAGCUGGUCACUCAGCUGAGCCGAGUGAAGGACAACCCAGUAAAAUGGCCCGUCACGGGGGUGAAGCCUGCUAAUGGCCGACUGGUGUGGUACAUUGACUAUGAUGCACUUUUAGGACAGUGAUCGUUACCCUAAUUUUCAAUCACACAGCUGCUUUAAUUCAGCAUCUGGUUUGGAGUGAAGAGCGCGUGAGGACCAGUACAUGUCUUAGUUUGUUAAUUACAAAUAACAAACGGAUCAUUACUGCUGCAUUUCUUUAAUGUCAGUGUUUUUCUGAUUGAUUUCCUGACAUGAUAUUAAAUCAAGAUAACUGGGGGGGGUUUCUUGUUGGGAAACAUGUACGCUGGACAAGAUUACAUUUGUGUUUCAUCACAUUAAAAGUGAAACUGUUUUCCUGCUCAUGGAUUGACCAGCAAGAAAGUAAAAUACCAAAAUACAGAUGGAGAACUGAGAUGAGCAGUUCAAGUUAACGUUCGGAAAUCCCAUCCAGUUCUGAAUUACUAUUCCCUAUUAGGUAUAUUUAAACCCAUGCAAAACUUACUACAUGUCCAAAUAAUGUAGUAUGAACAAUUGCACCCAUCUAUACAUGUGUGAAUAAUCUAUCGGAUACCAAAUCUUAAACUAUAAUACUAUGCAUCCGUGAAAAUGUCAAAAAAACCCUAUAACACGAUGUUAAAGAAAGUUCAAAAAAUGUCCUCAUUGAUGGCCCUCAUAUCUUCAGGACCUUGCUCAUGGCAGUUGUGUGUUGGGCCAGCUUGACUCUGUCAGCACCUUAAGUCUCUUGUGUUGGAAGGAAAAGGCAGUAAUGUGAAGUACAUGUUAUUAUUUGGUAAUGAGUCACACAGAGCAGGUACGGUCCUUUCAUUAUUCAAAGUUAAACUUUGUUUGAAUAUUCUUCUGUGUGUGACUGUGUGAAGGGAUCAUCAUGCGGACUGUUUAUGGUUUUUGUGAGGCUAAUCAAGUGUGAGGUGAGUGAAAACCUGUACAAAAUGUGCAGAAUUAUCAUAACUGUCUGAAUUGUAUCAGAUCUCAGGUGAAUUUCUGAAUGUUUACAUAAAUGCAGUUCACUGUGUGAUCUUUACUUUUGAUUGUAUAUUGCAUAUACUUGAGGUGGCAGUGAUGAGUUGAAUAAAAUGAAAAUGUGACAGUUGAAUAAAUAUUUUGUUUGUGUAACAAAAAAAUAAUUUUGAAAAUAAAAGGAUUUAAAAUAUUUCAGGUAAUUCAAAAUCUAUGGUGCAUAUUCACAUUCCACUGAGACAUGUCAAGGUGCUUUUUCUAGAUGCGUGAGCCGAAACAAGAGGAUGUUUAUUUCAGAUUUGAUUAAAUCUAUAAAUCCAAACAGUUAUUGCACACCAUUAAGUCUUAUAAGUAUAAAAAAAUCAACACUUUUUAGAAAUGAACUAAAUAAUUAGUUGUACUUAUAAAGUAGAGCGUGAAGAAUUAUUUGGUUUUCUUUUAAGGUUAAUUUAUACACCCAAGUGUGGAGGACUUCUCUAUAGUGUUUGAUUCAUAGACCAACAAUUAAGUGAGAUGUACAGUAUAUUACAGUAUACAAGUGGAGCCUAUUGACCCACAGGAACAAGUUUAUUUCCAACAAAGAUUUUGUUUGUUUUGUCUUUUUCAUUUUCUUUAUCAUAUCCCAGUUGUUUAAAUCAUACAUUGAUUUGUGAUCAAUACAUAAGAUCUGAACUGUAACAUUGAUUCUGACAGAGAUCAGUUGCAGUGUAUGAACAAUAGAACGUAGCCGGUGAAACUACUAAGUACAAAGUGCACAGGUGGGAUUUUCCAGUUUAUUUUUAUACAGAGGUUUGUUGUCACCAGAGCUAUUUUCCAAGUUUCCUUUUGGAUAAGACCGCUCAGAUAACAUGGGUCAUGUUUUGAUACAACAUCUGCAUUUUAUCAUAUAUUACAACCUGUUAGUUUCAUCAAUAUAAACAAUUUCCUUUUAUUUUCCUUUCUAUAUUCUGUUUAAUGUAGCUACACUUUUCCCAUUGGGAUAAAUGUUACUAUUGGUGCUGUAUAAAUAUAUUCAAAUCUGUAUUUUUGUAUGUGCAAUUAUGUAUUUAGAAUUAUAAACUGAAUCUGCUGUGUAGAUCGUGUAUUUAUUUGUUUCCUAUGAACAGUUACACCAUCAACAAAUAAAAGCAAAACCUCUCUGAUAGUCAAGA